GCGCCGAUCGCGAGUCACGCGAGUCACGCGCGUUUCGUCGUCUUCCAUCGACGCGCGACGCGCGUUCGCGACGCGCGACGCGCGGUAAUCGUCGAAUUCCAACCAACCGACCGAAUCCGACGCGGACGACGCGACGACGGCGCUCGACGCGCGCGCUCGGACGGCGCGGACGCGCGCGCGAUGGCGGAAGACGCGCGCGGUGACGAUGCGUUCGACGACGCGGACGCGGCGCUGCGGACGCGGGCGAUGUACGUCAAGGUGAAAUUCGCGGACGCGCGCGGCGACGGCGACGGCGGCGAGGGACGGCGACGAGGCGACGGCGACGGAGGCGCGGUGAUCGCGCGGUUUCGCGACGCGGGCUCGAGGCAUGGGAAGACGGGCGAUGGAAAGAGCGCGCGAAGCGCGUCGUCGAUUCGCGUCAACGGUGCGGCGGUGGCGAGUGGAGAGGCGGAGAUUACGUUUCGACGCGAACGCGAAGGGGCGUGGAUGAGCAUGGAUGAGGUGCGCUUCGUCGGGGACUUUGAUUUUGAGCUCGCGCUCGAUCGAGAGAUGUGGGCGAUGGGGACGGGUCGAAAGAAUGAAGACGGCACGUGGUCGAUGGUGAUGACGCCCGGGGCGUCGCUGACGCGAACGGUGUCGAGAGAGGCGGAGCGGGUGUUUUACGCGGCGGCGGGCGCGCUCCCGAAGUCGCCGAAAACCGCGGAGUGCCGGGUGGAGUUCGGCAUCGUCGGGAUGUCUCAAGAUGAACGCGUGUGUUUGGUGAAUCAGAUCGAUCUACCGUUGGAGAAAGUUUUAGGGCGCGCGCAAAAGCGUAUCGCACCGGUAAUGGUGGGCGAGACUAGCGCGAUGUUGCCCGCGAUCGACGAGCACACUGGAAUAUCGACAGCUUCUGUGAGCGUCGACGCCGUCAACGCCGCCGCGAGGCAGCACCACAAGACGCACUGGUCCUCGUUUCUCGAUCGAGGCGAUAUGGAUAAUCUUGCCAUACUGAGUAAGAUGCGACAGCGAUACGAGUCCAUGAUGGACUAUCAGGACGAUUAUCCCGCCGAUCCCGUCAAGCUGAGCUGGUUUGACGCUUCGCUUCGUUUGGGCAUCGGCGUCGGUUUGGGCGUAAUCUUAGGCGCUGGAUUGGGCGUUGGGGUCGUAGUUAAUGGAUUCCGCACGAUCAGCACCAAAAGGCUUAGAUCUAAUCCGAAAGCCGACGCAGAAGUCUGA